GAGCAAAGUUACACAAAAACAGUUACCAAGUAUUAGUCUUUCAAGAUUUGCCACCUAAUUUGUGAUGUGCGAAGUUGAAACCGACGACAUCGUAGUUAGCACUAUCUUUUAUCACAUGCAAACAAGAGACGCACACGACGCGAGUCGAGACCCAAUCGCCUCCAUGAGAACAUUCGCAAACGUAAUCUAUGUAAAAAAAACCCACAUAUUAUUGAAAAUAUAGCAAAAUAAUUGCAAAUGUGAAAAAAAUACUGAUGCGAUUGAAGAAAUAGUUUUCAGUGACAGUGAUGUUUCUAAUAAAGUGAAUGCAAAUGCAAAAGUGAUGAUAAAGAAGUUAAGUGCUGCAGAUGGAACGUUGUCUGGCAAGUGCCAAUGGAGUGUGUUUGCAGAAGAUAUUAGGCACUGAGUGACGACUAAAGAUAGAUAAUAUUUUACCAGGUCACACGAGACAUGCUAUGCAUCCUUCUGCCAUGGCUUCUUGUGAUCUUCUAUGCCAAUGGCAGCAUGAUCGAUGACUUCGUUGCGAUGACCAAUGACGUGUCGUCUCCUAGAGAGGACUAUCUCGCCCUGCCGGUAGAGAUCGGCACUGAUCGCAAGUCUGGGUGUAUCUGCAGAGCUACCAAGAGUCAAAAAAUUAUAGUCUGUUUCGGGAACUAUGUCUGUAGGAGGUUUCCUAAGGUUAUGAAGCAAAGUGAUGCUCUGAAAGUGAGGACUACGGUCAUCGAAAGAAUCCUCAAAGGCGAUUUAGACGAAUUUAGUUUUUUGACAGUGCUGGAAAUAGACGCAAAUCAUAAGUUGACAUACAUAGAACCGGGAACUUUUCGUAAUUUGACUAAACUCCAACAUUUGUCUAUAUCCUACAACACUGCGCUACGUGCCAUAGAUGAACAUAUUUUCGAAGGUUUAGGGAAUUUGCGCAACCUGACUUUAGUAAACAAUGGUUUUGACAACGUACUACACUUGACAGUCGCAAUGCGGCCGAGUAUUCUACCAAUGUUGAAAGCAUUAGACUUGUCGGAAAAUUCUUUGGAACUAAUCAAUGAAGAUUCUUUCGCACCGAUGGAAGGCACAUCACUAAGGAAGUUGGAUAUAAAUCUUUGUAGCCUGUGUUACAUACACCCCAACAGUUUUCUACCUCUGAAAAAGUUAAAAGAAUUAUACAUUGGCGAUAACGAAUUAAAUUCCACUCUAAUCGGAAACUUCCUAAUGAACAUGAUGAAUGAAAGUAUAAACUUAACAUAUCUUGAUUUAUCAGGGUUGGGAUUUAGAAGACAACCACCAAAAGAAUUGCUACAUGUUAUAGCACAAACUAGUAUAAAGAAAUUGAACUUAGCUCAUAAUCAAUUUGAAUCAAUCAAUGAUGACACGUUUCCUCGAAUGGUAAAUAUAGAACUUCUAGAUCUGAGAAGAGUACAAGCAAUUUACGUAGGACCUUAUGCAUUCGACCCGUCAAAAUUUCCAAAUCUCAAAGCUUUAUUUCUUGGGGGUAACAAUUUGCCUGGAAUACACCAGAAGCACUUGUCAACUCAACUGUUACUCUUGGACUUGUCCAACAACAAAGGCACUCAUGCGACAGUAUUUUACGAAAUAGAUAGAGACACAUUUGUCCAGUCAACCAAAUUGAGAAUUUUAAAUCUAGCCUAUAACAAAAUUAAGUCCAUCUUUGAUUACACAUUCAGAGGCUUAGAGAAAUUAAAACUUUUGAAUUUAGAAAACGGUACGAUAUUUUUUAUUGGAGAAGGCACUUUUAAAUCAACAAAACAAUUGGAAGUUCUCAACUUAGCAAACAAUCCACUUACAGCCAAUCAAAAUCUUACGUGCGCUCAAUUUGAAGGAUUAAAUUACUUAAGAAUAUUUAUAUUGAAGAAUUGUGGGGUUAAAAGAUUCAACGACGACGACAACCUAUUUGAAAUGAUGCCAAACCUCACACAUCUCAUACUAAGAAAUAAUCAAUUGUUUUACAUAACAGCUGAAACCCUGAAGCCAUUAAAAAAUCUGCAAGUGUUGGAUCUGAGUGAAAAUCUGUUGAUAUCUUGGUGGAGACCACUGUUCCUCGCGUCAGGAGUGAAACCCCAGCAACUGCUGUUAACAAAUAACAAAAUCUCUCAUUUUUCUAUCAGCAUGAUUGAAGACAUAAGUUAUCUGCUGGAGGAAUCCAAUUCGUCGACGGAAAUCGACCUUAUGGACAACGUGUUCGUAUGUGACUGUAGUGCAAUGUACAAGACAUAUUUGUGGCUAGAAGUUAAUGGGUCCAUUAUCCUGAAGAAAUACUUUGAAUCUUCAAACUUCCUGUGUAGCAGCCCAGACUUGUGGGAGGACAGGCGUGUAGCAGAGUACUUGACAUCAGUAAAAAGUUUAAACUGUUUAAUGUAUGCAAAAAUCUCAAAUGUGAUGGUAAUUGUGUGGACAGCGCCAUCGUUAGUAACCAUAGUUUUAAUAUUAUUAAUAGGUAUACUUUUGUACAAAUAUAGAGUUUACAUUAGAUAUUGGAUAUUCUUAGGCAAAAUUGCCAUAGGCAGAAAAUUUAUUAGAAGAUCCGUAAAGGCUGAUGAUGUUGAACAAAAAGGAUAUAAGUAUGAUGCGUUUAUAUCAUACUGUUUCGAAGAUAGAGAUUUUGUUUUAGACAUGAUAACUUAUUUGGAAACAUAUCCACCUUAUUUGAAGCUUUGUGUGUCUGAAAGGGAUUUUGAGAUUGGAUCAUUUCUUUCAGAAGCGAUUCUUUCAAGUAUUAAUGAAAGUAAGUACGUAGUAUUAUUGAUAAGUAAUAAUUUUGCAAAGUCGCAGUGGUGUCGUUGGGAGACACAAUUAGCCGAAUAUCAUCGACUGUUCUUGGAAGACGGUACAAGUUAUGAUCCUCUAGUUUUAGUGAGGUUAGGACAUGUAGAAAAGAAAUACUUAACACCGACAUUGAAAUAUCUUUUGAAGACGAAAAUAUACCUGUCUUGGGAUGAAAAUAAUUCUGAAGAGUUCUGGAAGAAGUUGAGAAACGCUUUUGGGAAGAAGAUCUAAGCUAAGCUCGUAGACUAACUACUCGUAAACUCUUGAUAUUAUCUCGUAGUGCGGAGCAGGAAUCCGGCACAUAAGACGCAGUGCGGUUUACAAACAAGUUUAUUGAAGAUACAAUAAGUUAAACCGUUUCCAGAAAUACAUAUAAUUUUAGUAUAAUAAUUAUAACAAUUUUAGAAAACCGAA